AUAUCAUCAAGGAAUCAAAAUAUGUUUGAAAGAGAUGAACAAGAAAGUAGAAGAGUGUAUUGCUGCUGUAUCAAAUCUUACUGAAACAAUUCCACAAAUGUUGAUAAAAAUACAGAAUGAAAAAACACCCCACAUCUUUAUUAUAAUACCUGAGCGUUAUGAAUUUAAAAACCCAUUAACCUGGUACACAAACCCAUUCAGAAUGUAUUUCAUAUGUGAACACAAUAAUCAUUGGCAUGUACCUAAACAAAAGGGCUAUGGAAUCAAAAAAGUCCCCGAAUUCAUUAAAAAAUAUGGACCUUGGAUACAAUUAUGUAUUAAAGCCUUGAUACCUGGAUUACACAUGGUGACCAGUAAUUUAUUUCCACAAGAAAUAGACAAUAUUCUUUCAGGAAUAUUUAAUAUAAAAACUGGCAACAGUGAUGAAGUUGUACAAUAUUUUCAAGAGAUAAUUGAUACAAUUGGAAUUGGAGCAAAAGAAAUUGUUGAUAGUAAUCCUGAUUUUGCUCCAUUAGAUUAUGAUGAAGAAUAUGAGCAUCAGGUUUUAAAUGCUUCAGGAAUAUGUGCUUUAGCAAGUUAUGUUAAGAGUCAACAAAAUCCUGAAAAUUUUGGAGGCUUAGUCCAAUGCAUUGAUAAAAAAACCCAGAAUGUUUUAUGGUUAUGUGAUGAGCAUCAAAAUGAUAAUGAAUAUACACUUAAAGAUGAAUCACACUCUCCAACCUUUACACCUUAUAAUAAUAAAGAUAAAGAUAAAAAAAUGAGCAGAUGGAUUGAUGAAGCAAUUAAAAACCGGCAUUUGCAAUUUCAUCAAUAUAAAGUAUUCAAUGAUAUUAAUGAAAUUGGACAUGGUUCAUUUGGAACAAUUUAUAAGACGUACAAUACUCACUACAAGAAAUACAUGGUUUUGAAAUCAUUGAAAAAUGGCCUUGCUUCUGAGCAAUCAUUUAAACAAAUUAUAAAUGAGCUUCAACUACAUCGGCAGGUUGAAAUGCAUGAUAAUAUUAUAGGCUUCUAUGGCAUAACCAAAAAUGAUGUAUAUAUGCUAGUCAUGGAGUAUGCAAAUAAUGGCACACUAUCUCAUUACUUAUCAAAAAAUUUUGAUAAAAUGGAUUGGAAUCUAAAAUUAAAAUUUGCUAACCAAAUCUCAAAUGCUAUAUUAUGUCUUCAUAAUAAUGAUAUAAUUCAUAGAGAUUUGCAUGCAGACAACAUUUUUAUUCAUGAAGAAGACAUAAGACUUGGUGAUUUUGGGUUAUCAAAGUCAGUUGCUGAUGGUACAAUACAAAUUUCCAAAGCAUUUGGCUCUAUAAA